AUGAGCUAUGCAAAUGGAACUUUAUUAGUAACGAUUGUUGAUGGUCGAAAUCUUAAAGACGAAGAUAUUGUCGAUAAGAAUGAUGCGUAUGUCGAACUCUGUGUCAAUGAAGAUUAUAAACAACGUACCACGACUAUUCAGAGCUCGAAAAAUCCGAUAUGGAAUCAGAAAUUUAUAUUUUAUUUGAAAAAGGGUGAAGAUAAUUUAUAUUUGCACAUCUAUGAUGAAGAUGUUGGUGAUAAAGACCCCAUCGGCUCUGCAAGCAUUGAUCUGAAAAAACAUGUUUUUGGUAGAACUGGCUACGAUGCAUGGAUUAAACUGCCAGCAAUACCUGGUGUUCGUUCGAAAGGAGAAAUUCACGUGAUUCUCGAACAUUCUUUGUAA